CAUACAUCAUGUCAGACGAUAGGAAUUUUCGUCAAGGGUUCAACGCCAUAGAACGUGAUUUUUUUGCUCCAGAAGAAUUUCCAGACUCGGCGUUAGAUGAUUCCUCGGCUCAUCAAAUAAAGAAACCGAAUCGAACUUCUUGUUGUGGAGUGGAAACUACUCAUAUCGAUUUGGAAGAUAAAAAUACAUACGCCCAACAACUGAUUCCAAGUUUGGAAGACAUUGCUACUCUUGCAGCAACUUUAGAAACGUUAAAUUAUUACUACACGAAUCAAUGCUUUGUAAACUUCGAUUAUUUUAGAUAUGUGAACGAAGUAUUCGAUAAUUUGAUGGUACAAAACCACACCAGAGAAAAAAUGAAAGCACUUUGUGCUGAGAUGAGAAAAGAACUGUGUUUUCUGAGAUCUGAUAUUCAGAGAUGGAGCAGUGUAUACGAUCACGGUUCGUAUUUUUAUCUCUACGGACUGGUUUGGGACUCGAAAGGCCACAUUGACGACAAAAAAACGAUAGAGAAAGCUUUAUCGCGUUCGAGGCAUUUGAACGAUGACGAUUUCGUAUUCGAAAUAAUAACUAAACACUGUUUAGUAAAUUAUAUAAUGGAUUUUCCUCUGGAUUCUUUGAGUGAAGAGUUCAUCAGAACUGUGGAAAACAACAGAUUUUUCCAACAUCAACUAACAUAUUAUUGGAUAAAAUGUAAAACAUGGAUUAUUGCUCGUAAUGGCAAUGGCUUGUACGAUGCAAGCUACUUUGAAUAUGAAUUUGCUUUGACUAACCUGCUGAAUUCGUUGAAACAGUGUUUGAGCUUGAGCAAUAAAUACCAAUGGUCUGUGUACGAAUACUUCUGGGAUUUUUUCGAUGAAAACGAUCAAGUGGAAAUGACCAUGAAUUUAAUUCGAAACGAUAAUUACAAAAGAUACCAGACGAUUUUAUUUUCAAAAUUGAAUAAAAACCAGCUCAAGCGUUUGUAUUCUGAACUCCCUGUUACCAUUAUCGUCAACUUUUUGUCUUUGGGAGAAUUCGAGCUAGCGAAGGCAACUUGGCAUCGUGUCAAAUUAACAAUUGAAUGUGACAAGUACGAACAUCUGCUUGAACAAGUCUGGAUUCAUCGAAAUCCAGAUGAAGAAAGCUGCUUACAAUUUUCAAUUUAUUUAUUGGACACCGCACCUCCGAAUUUAAUCGAGUACGUGAUCAAGGUGAAAAAUUGUCAAAUUACGGUAUAUGCGGACAUGUUUUUAAAAGGCAGACCAAUGCAUGAAAGUUCCAGUAGUUGUAAAUUCAUGAAAGCUGUUUUAUCUCGAGCAACGCUUGAAUUUAAACAGAAAUUUUUGCUACAAGCUGGACCAUGUUUAGCAUUGAAUCAUCCGGAAGUAUUCAUUUCAUUGAUUAAUCAUUGUUUAAACGAAACUGACCGUGUAGCAGUCAAGGAUAGUUUACUUAUUGAAGCGAUGGAGUCGAGUCCCCCAGCUGGAAUUAUGCACCGUUUUCGAGAUUUGUUUUUGUACUCCGGUCGUGAAGAAUUUGACAAAUUCCUCGAGUUAUUCACUUCGAAGCCAACUUUACAGACACAAUUCAAGGAGUGUUUGUUACGAUCCAAAUUACUAAUCACCAAAGAACUGUGGAAAACUGAUUAUUGGGAGAAAUUGUCUCAGUUUAUAGACGAGUUGUUUCCGAACCGAGAAGUAGCUCGAUUUCAAAAGAGGAAUGCUGUUUUUACUUUUUUGCGGGCUCACUGCACUUACAGCGAUUGUUACCGACCAAAUGGUGAUGAAAAGUUUACCGAAAUCGAUAAUUUCUUAAAUCGAGUUCUUACCCCUCGAGAAGUAAUCACUGCUAAAGAAAAUAUAGCCAAUAGUUUUCUAGAAAAAUGUCGAUCUGGUUGGGUCGGCUAUUUGAAAAGAAUGAAUAUGCAGCGAUUUGCCUCGUGGUGUUAUUGCGGCGAUGAAGAAAACAUGAAGCGAUUCAGACGUUCGCUUCCAAUUGAUAAAUUAUUUCAUUCUUUUAUGACUGGAAUAGUUGCACGAUACGUUAAUAGUUAUAGUAGAAAGUUAUCGUUUUCUCUAUUAGACGAGCUCUUACGUUGGAAGUUUUCAUCGAAUAGAAGAGAAAUUGAAAAAUUCAAGUCCCGUAAAAUAAAAAAAAUCAUGAAAAGAAAGACAGAAGAACGCUUUUUGUGGAAAACGUACAUAUAUCCGUCUGUCCUGAAGAAAGUUAUUGAAUGGAGUUUCCAUGGCAAUAAGCGUCAGAUUCAAGAAUUUGAGCAACGUUACUCCAAAAGAAAUCAGAUGAAGAUUAUUUACUGGAUGGGUUUUGAAGAAGUGUCGUCGGAUGAGGACUGCUGCGGAGAGUGCUCUGAUGAAUCAAAUGGCUGAAGACGCCAUUCUCGUUCUGUUCUUACCGACUAUGAGACAUAUCGUAUAUCGUGCAUGGGACUAUCUAUCCUUUUAUCGACAAUGAUGAUGUGUUUCAUGAGUCUAACAAUGGAAAUUUAAAGGCAUCAUAGCACACCUGACCCGAAGAGUCUGAAUAAUACGACUGAUGAUCUUAUUAUUUAUAGGAUUUAUUUUAAUUGGUGUGGAUGGAAAUGUUCACAUCUCGUCCGAUUGUUUAUUGUAAAAUGUCACAU